UCUUGGAUUUGGAUCUAACACACCUAAAUCACCUUUGCGACUUUACAAAGUCACUUACACUAGCAAUGUCCGAGAAGCCGAUCCCAGAGAAGCCAACGAAGACAGGUGCAGCUUCAGGCGCCGAGUCUCCAACUACCGCCCGCGAGCUAGACUUCGACGACGAUAACGAGGCUACCACCGCAGGCCCCGAGACCGCAGUCGCAUCCCCUCCACCAAUUUCCAAGUCUCCCAAACCAGGAGUACGAUUUUCCGAAGAUGCGACAGAGAUCCCACCCCCAAAACCUCCGCGACCGACCAGUCCUCAACAGCAGGCCGAGAAUACAUUGAUUGAAGCUUUUCCCAGCAUUGACUCAAAGAUCGUCAAAGCCGUCCUGGUUGCAAGUGGGGGUAAGGUUGAGCCCGCGUUCAAUGCUUUAUUGAGCAUGUCGGACCCCAGCUUCAGCGCGGAAGAUGCCCCUCCCCCACAGCCACCGCGACCAGCUCAGCAGCCGAGGAGUCAGGUUGAGCAAGACGAGAUUUACGCCAGGCAGCUGGCGCAGCAUUACCAGUCCUCUUACACCGAAGAUCAUGGCUCGUCCAGGCAGCGCGAACCCCAUCUACCUCAGCAACGACAGCAGACGGGACUCAAACCGAAUGAGUUGUACGACCGAGACCACAGCUUCUUUGAUGACGAUCUUCCAGUCAUUCGGAAGAAUAUCGAGCAAGGUUUCAAGGAGACGCAGACCAAGGUGAACCAGUGGAUCACCAACUUCAAGAAGCAACUUGAUGGCGAGCCAGACGAAUACGAUCAGUAUGGAAACCCAGUAUCUCACCGACAAGUCCCCCAGCAGCGCCAGAACUAUGGCCCUUCGCAAUCCGAUCAAUCUCGCAGAUCGGCAGAGAGACAGCGUAGGUCGGCAGACCGAGAACGGUAUGAUACAGACAACAGGGUGCUCGGAGACGAUUUCGAGGCUUUGCAGCUUCGCGACGAUGAAGCACCCCAGCAAAGGGGAAAUCGCCCCUUUGCCAAUCCCAACCUUUUCAAGCCAACGCCCGUUUCCCCGCCCACAGGCGGCCCUGUGGAUGAGGUAGAUGCACUGUACCGCAACCCAUCGCCCAAUGGCCAGCAAACAGGCACUACUGGCAACAAAUCAGGGAACAAGAAGUGGCAACCACUGACAUCCAUCGCACCCAACCCGGAACCCGAUGACCAUGACCCAUUCAGCUUGGGAGACAGUGAUGAAGACGAGGCGAAACAAAAGGACAUCAAGGCGGAAGAUACCGAGAGGUUGAAGAAAGCCGCAGAAGGCAAAGAAGGACCGACGGGCCAGCUGAAAGGUGCUGAGCGGAGCGGCAGUGUUGGCCAGAAAGACGCCGCCGCCGAGGCUCUCCUCAAAGAAGCCAAGUAGGCAGCCACUGUCACUUCAAAGUCAAUCAUGGGUGGAAUUACGUUAUGAGUGUCACGGCUGAGAAUUUUACGCCCUGUACCUGCAUCUUGUGUCAUGGAAGAUAUCACAUCCCAGUUUAGUGCGAAUAGCCAGACUAAAGUCAUUGUACAAUCAUUUCUUGCUUCUUUUCCAA